AUGGGCACAACGAUCUCUGUAUCCCCAAUGCUGCGGGACGAAGUGGAGGAACACAAGAAAAGAAGCCUGAGCAAACCUAGGUUGAUUGUGACAGCUUUCGGUUUCAAAAUGGUGAAGCAGAAAAGUGCCAAGAAAGUCAACCCACAUCCUCUAUCAUUUCAAACCACCCAUAUCAAUGAAGAUUUAAAAACACCAUCCCAAAAUUGUCCACCACAGUCUGGAGAAAUCGAGGAACCACAAGAAAAACUGGAAGAAACCAAACUUCCAGUAACCAAACAGCUGGAAGAUGUGCAGCAGAACCAACCAAGCCGCCAGUUCCUCACAUCUCCAGUCCGUAUCAUUGUCCAAGCCUCCACUGGGGAACUGUUGCUCUGUUUGGGUCGAUUCCUGCGCCGUCGUUGCCUUAAAAUUUCUGAUCUGACCUCAAACGAGGUGAUCGCCUGGUUGAGGAACGUGGACCGGACACUUUUGAUGCAGGGCUGGCAGGAGGAGGGCUUCAUAACCCCACCCAUCCUCGUCUUUGUCUACCUGCUGUGCCGGGACGCCGUGAGUGAGGACCUCAGCAGUCCAGGUGAGCUCCAUGGUGUCUUUCUCACCUGCCUGUACCUGACCUACUCUUACCUGGGCACUGAGAUCUCGUACCCGCUCCAGCCUUUCAUUAUUGACACCAAUAAGGAUGUGUUCUGGACACAGGCUUUGGAUGUCAUUGAUAAACUCAGCUCUGAAAUGCUGAGGAUCAACAUGGACCCACAGUUCUUCACCGAGGUUUUACAGGAGCUGAAAAAUGAAGGAGAGGUGAAGAACAAGACUGGUCUGGACCGCUGAAAUUCGAGAUUGUCAUGAUGGAGGAAAUAUUUAUUUUGUCUGUUCAGCUGUAUAACUCCUUAUAAGAAUAAUUCUCUUUGAGCUGCUAAGGGCCGACGCCACGGUGUGUAAACAUAGAAUUUAUAUUUAUUUAAA